UUUCUUCGACCACUCGUCACCCAGCAUAGUUUAUCCACUCCGUGCUCAUUGUGACUGCUGUCGCCGCCCUGCUGGAGGCUCUGGCACUGCUGUUUGCAAUACGUAUGGCAUUCUACCUGGACUCUGCGCUGGGUUGCACUCGGGUGCUGAUGAGAGUCAUCUCUGCCUGGGUACCACGUCACUUUAUAGGAGCUAUCCUGGUGUCUCUGCCUGCUGUGACUACUUUCUCCCUCUCACCUGUGAUGUGCAGCUCUCCAUACAGUUCACCAUGUUCCUCUGCUGUGCCGUCAUCAUAGCUAUCAUUCAGUAUUGCAACUUCUGCCAGCUGAGCUACUGGAUGCGAUCAACUCUUGCGACUUUGGUGGGACUGACCCUGCUGGCUUUGCUCUUUAGCUCCCCCUGCAGGUCCCAUGACCAGAACCGUAUUGGUAACAACUCCAUCAGCAUGUCCAGCAAUCUGUCAGAUACAGGUCCACAGACCCACACCAUGAUCUUCUGGGGCCUGAGGUCUGUGUGGCCUUUUUCCUGCUUCCUCCUCCUGGUCUGGUUCCUGAACCGUGAAUUUGAGGUCAGUUAUCGUCUACAUUAUCAUGGCAACGUGGAGGCUGAUCAACAUCGUAUCAAAAUCCAAAACAUGAGGACCAGGCGGAUUGGCUGCUUCGUAACAUCAUUCCCAUCCACGUGGCCGAGCAACUGA